AUGCCCUGGACUACCCAAGGUCCUGAUACCCCCUCCUAUAAUGUGAUUCUUACCUUGGAACACAUGCACUUGAUCCCGCGACGCUGGGAAAUUUUUACCCUAGGAGAGUCUGGGGGGACGUUGAGCGUCAACUCACUUGGGUUUGCUGGAAUGCUAAUGGUGAAAAGCGAGUCCGAACUUCAGGCAUUAGAGCAAGAGAAGAUCGGAACGGUACUUAGAGGCGUUGGUGUGGAAAGUGUCCAUGAAUUGCAAGUUGCUGUUCUAGUGUGGGAUCUUGUGAAGGGCUGGAGUGUCAUGCAGCUGGGCCUGAUUUGA